UUAGUAUUUUGAAUUUUAAGAUUUUCCUAUUAGUGGGUAUUGCACCACUUUUUGUUUCUUUUCCAUUAACUUUUCAAGCUUAAGUUUUCACCUUUACAACCUCGUAAUCAGGGUCUUGUUAAACGUGACUUAUCAACAAUUUAUCUAGUUGGAUAUUGAGUUUAAUCAAUAUGAAGAAGAAGGGUUUAAUCUUGAAGCACCCAAUCGCUCUUGUAACCAUUCUGGUAACUGUCUGCUGCAUUUUCAUCGUUAUUGUAACUUUUUUCAAGCUUCCUGAGGUUCAAAACAAGAGUAAUCAGAAAAUGGGGUUUUACCCAAUUACCAGAUCUAGAAAAGUAUCCGUUCAAGAUCUUAACUUGGGCAAGUUUGGUGAAAUGAUGAUUGAAAUGUUACCUCAAGAUCUUGCUUUCACUGUUUUUGUUCCGUCCGAGGAAGCUUUUAGGCGUGAUCUGCAUUUGAGUGUGAAUGAUAGUUUGAAACAAGACAAGUUUAAUGAUACUUAUGCAAUUGUGAGUCGUGUGUUGGGUUUUUCUGCUGUUCCUCGUACAGUUUGGUCGGUUGAUUUAAGGUUUGGUGAGGUUGUGAAUUAUGAGUCUUUGUCUGGGUUUUCUUUGUAUGUUUCGAAAGAUGUUGAUGGGAUGGUGAUUGUUAAUAGGAUUAGGUCUGAAAUUGUGGAUGUUAGAAAAAAGGGGAUUGUUGUUCAUGUUUUGGAUGGGGUUAUUAUGGAUGCUGAUUUUGAACAAUCGGUUUCAUCUGAGGAGGAUUGAGUGUAUUCAAGUUUUAACAUUUCACUAUUGUACAUACAUGAUGCAAAGACAUUUUUAUCACAUUGCCCCUUUUUUGAAAUAA